AUGUCCGACGCAGCAACAGCAGCGGCCAACACGCUACGGGCCAAACAGAAGCCUCUGAAAGACCAAUACAGAUCAGACCCCUCUACAGCUCUCGUCACGUUGUCGUCGUCUGGAAAUCUUGAUCCCACCUCGACGAGCUUAACAUGCUCACUAUCGGCGGGACAGGCGGCUCGAAAAGUCGCAGGGCUCCAUCAAGCUGCCGGCGGCGAAGGGUUCGAUGCUUCAGGGGAACUGUGUUCUGGUGAUAUGCUGCUUGAAUCGCUAGUAGCAUGUUUUGGAGUCACGGUACGCGCGGUAGCCACUAGUUUGGGCAUUCCCACCAACAAUGGGACUAUCACCGCCGAAGGAGAUCUCGACUUCAGAGGGACGAUGGGCAUCAAGGAUCCUGAAGGCAACGCCGUCCCCGUCGGGUUCAAAACCAUCAGACUCAUUGUGCGGCUCGACGUGGACGAGGAGCACAAGUCCAAAGUCGACAAAUUGGUCGAGCUCAGUGAACGAUAUUGUGUGGUGUUGCAGACGAUCAGGAAUGGAGUCAAUGUCGAAACAAAACUCGGACAUGUGGGCAAGGUAGUACCUGACGCUCGCAACAAUGCCGAUGAAGGCGCCAAUGGAGAGGAUGGAAGUGGUAUUCUGGAUGUCCCAGCAAAUGAAGACGUCUUGAAGGUGAAUUGA